UGAUUGGCUUGCCUUGCAAAGAAGUCACAGUAUUGACCAAUGAUUGCACUUUUGACAUCAUUGUCUCCCAGACCUGUGGCCGCCUUUUUCGAAGCGCUGAGUGCGGGAAAAACCUGAAAGAUCACCGCAAACACUCGUUUACGUGCAUUCUAUCGUCCAUAUUCCUGUUUGAAAAGGAAGAGCUCACCAUUGCCCCAGCAUGCCUCAGCAGAAGCUGAGUGACCAGCCCAUGUCCCUGGUGUGUGAGUGGGCCUCCUGUCAGACGGUGUAUGUAAAUGUGGACAGUUUCAUGAGGCACAUCAGGGAGCACCACUAUCCACACUUCACUCCUGCACAGAAGGACAGGCCAGACAUGCCAGAUGAGUACUUCUGCCAGUGGAUGGAUUGCGGUGCCUUUGCAGGCAACUUCCCGGAGAGUCUGCUGCGCCACACGUACUACCAUGCCCACCACGCCAAGCUGAAGUGGCUGGGCAUGCAGGUGGCCAGGAAUAACCAGGAGAACCACUGUUUACUGGACAAACAGAACCACAACUACCUCGUGGACAUCCCAGACAGGAUGCAGUGUUCGUGGGAAGAUUGUGGGGCCAUAGUGGAUAACCCUGAACACUACUUCCGCCAUGUUGAGAUGCAUGCCAUGAGCUCGGACCACCCAAACGGGCCAUCAAACAUGCCAAUGGUACCAUGUAAAUGGGCAGGCUGUCAGUCAAGUUUUAAGAACAAGUUCAAGUUGAAGGAGCACAUGCGAGUGCACACCCAGGAGAAGCUGUUUGCCUGCUGGAUCUGCGGAGGCCUCUUCUCCAACAGAACCAAGUUCAUGGACCAUAUCAAGAGACAGGCGGCACCAGAAGACCAGAGUUACCAGUGCUCUCAUUGCUCCAAACGGUUCUCAACAGAAAGGCUUCUGAGGGAUCAUAUGAGACAUCAUGUGAACCACUACAAGUGUCCCCACUGUGACAUGACGUGCCCCACACCAUCAGGACUACGCAGUCACAUCAAGUUUCGUCAUGAAGAGGACCGACCCUACCAGUGUGAAUUCUGUCACUACAAGUGUAAGACUAACUACGACCUGCGGCGUCACAUGGACAGCCACAGUGUGGAGAAGAUCUACCAGUGCCAGCAGUGUGACUACAGCAGCAAGGCCUACAACAGUCUCAGGGACCAUCUCAGGAAGGACCAUCAGGGUGGAGGUGCAGUACAGCGGUACCUGUGUCACAUCUGUCAGAAGGUGUACAGCAGAGGAACAGGCCUGACUCGCCAUCUCAAGACUGCUCACAAGUUUAAGUGGCCUUCAGGACACAGUAGGUUUAGGUACAAGGAGCAUGAUGAUGGCUACCUCAGACUGCAGACUAUCCGUUAUGAAAGUGUUGAACUGACAGAGAUGCUGAUGAAACCCCAGAGUGAGCAGGAAAGUCCAGAUGUGUCAGACAGGGACUCUGUUCCAUCACCUAUCCCUCACUCUGGCAAGGAUACACCUCAGGAUGGAAGCACAGAGUCUGUCCCAUCACCAAUACAUCCAUGUAUCCCUCCACCUGAAAACUACCACAGCAAAGGCAGCACUACAUUGGAAGAAAUGAACCAAGAAGGAGCACUCUUACAGAACAGUCAGGUUAGCAUUACUCUGCAAGAUGCCUCAAUAUCCCAGGAUGGACACAUGGACAAUCAUGCAGGAGUUGUCCUUGACCCCAGCACAGUCCACACAGAUGCAGCGCACAUCCUUGCCAGCGUGGCCACUCACCAACCCCUCGGCACAUUCUCAGACAAUCACGUAGCUGUUGGGAGUAACCACGCGGUGCCGGGGGUGUCCGUGCCCAGCUGUGGCCAGGUGGAGGGGACUGCUGUGGUUCCCCACACACAUCCUACAGAACUCCUGUGGCAGGUCCUGCCUACACCGGGGGGACAUCAGGAGGUCAGUAUGCACCAGCCAGUCUCCACACUAACCCUGCAGACUGGAGGGGCCCAGGAGGUGGUGUACAGCAUGGUGGAGAUCACCACAGAUGGGAACAUGGUGACGACACAGCCAGUCAUGACAGGGAACAGCCUCGGGGGCCAUGCUGUGGGACAGAGGGAGGAGGUGUCAUUGUCAACCCUGAAGCAGACUGCAGAGGAAAUGGGAAUACAGGUUAUAGGAUUUGACUAGAGUGAUGCCAUGCUGCUUCAGUUUAUAUGUAACUCCAUAUGCCUAUGUUCAACAGAAAGUCAUUGGUUUCCUUUGGGCACAUGUGCCAAGAAGAAGUGAACAAUUUAUAGAAUAAAUGCUGUUUAGCUCUCCUCCAAAUUGCUAUUUUUUUUUUUUUUUUUUUUUUUUGUGUGCAAUGAGGUGCAGGUAUAUCAAGUUAGCUUUGGGUACAGGUAUUUAACAUGACAAUUGUUGCAAUUCAGAUGUUCAAAAAACAAAUGUUUCAUUAAUUUUGUAUUUGUACUUACAUGUAGUAGUAUAGAAUUAUUUCAUGUGUGGAAAUGAUGUAUACAGACCUUAUUCAGAUUGAGAAAAGUUUUUGUUGGUAAAAAUGCAUCCCAUGCUAUAUUGUUGAGAUAACUUCCAAAAGCAGCCCCAUUGACAAAAUUGGAGUUUUUCAUUUGAUAUUAAUUUUGUUUUGCAACUGCUGCUUGUAGUGUCCUAGUUUUGUGAAUUGCAAAUUUAUCAGUAAGUUAUUAGCAAUGUUGACAACCUAUUUACUUGACUGCCAACAAUGAAAUACAAUGUAUAAAUUGAGUACAUUCAAACAAUAGCUAUUGUUAAGGGGUCUGUUACUGUACCCCCUGUUGCAUGAAGCUCUGUACAUGUCUCCCUAUUACUAUUUGUUUUCUUUUGCCUUUGUGUUCUUUAUUUUUAAUGAGGCAGCAAAAGUUUUAUUAUGAUAUAAUAAAGAUAUAACAAAA